AUGUCGUUACAAUUCUCAUAUGAGAAAUAUAUGAACCUGAUACAGUAUCCGGAACACUGGUCAAAUCCGAUACCGCACGAAAUAUCAAAGAAGGUGAUAUACAAUACACUUUCACCAUGCAUAUGUGUUCAAAGCAAUCUAGAGCUGGAUAAUCAUUUAAAAGAUAUGUAUAACAUUGAUUCGAUAUCGAUGCUAUUUAGAUACUUUGGUGACUAUAUCCAAGACAGAGAUCAAAUUCCAUCAACUACCGAUUUGAAGGACCCUGGAUCCGUUUCAAGUGGACGGCACAGAUCAGAUUCUUUGUUUCAGAGACAGGCUUCGGAGUGUGUACGAUUCACCAGAUCACUUGAAGAUCUUAUAUCCAUUGAUUCUGAGGAUCAUAUUCUUCAAUCAACAGACAUUGAUAGUUUUCUAUCACAAUAUUUGCAAAAUUUAGAACCAAUUAUGAAUGAAAAUGGCACACCCAGCAAACUUUUAAAACACUCGAUAUAUCACAGAUUUUUUAUCACUUUAUCCUCGAUAAACCUUUCGCGAUAUCAUAGUUUCCAUCAUCCUGUUGUAGCCUUAUUGCCAUUGGAUAUUACCAAAGGUCAAGGUUAUGAAAAUGCAAGAGAAAUACUAAUACACUUUAAAAACUUGAAUAAUACCCUAGAAAAUUUCCCGGAGUUCAUCAAUAUUAACGACAUACUACCAGUUUUUGUGUUAUGUUAUGAUGAAAACUCAAGAGAGCAAUGGGAAUCAGUGCAGGCUUUGACCAAAAGUUUAAAGAAACAAUUAUUUGUCGAAAGUGUUUCCAUUUCCCUAUUCACACCUCACGAUAACCAAAAAUCAACCACCUUACAUUCACCAAUUACGGUCUCCUUACAUGAGCAGGUUUUUAACAUGUCUCAUCCAACAUCCAUUAACAUACCUUCGCGGUUACUGACACAUAUUUACGACACAAUAUCAUUCAUAGUGGAGGAAAUGAUGAUUCCUUUCAUGCAUCGGAAAUUGGUGUUCUGGGAUGAAACCGUUUUGCAGCCUAGAAAAUCCAUAUUUCAGAGCAAUAAAUUCUUCCGCAGGUUUAUUUCUCCGAAAUCGAACCAUCCAAUAGCGCAUAAAGUUAAUGACCCUCAGGAUCCAGCUGAAGGUGAUAUUAUGUUCCCUGCUUCAUCUCCAGAAUUUCUGUUACGGAAGCUCGCAGAUUGGUCAUUCAUGCUAUCUGACUUCAAAAAAGCAUAUUCCAUCUAUGAUUUGCUCACAAAAGACUUUGAAUCGUAUCCCCAAUAUUUGGCACCUUGCCUCGAAUAUAAAACAAUUUCGUUAUUAAUGGGUGCUCAAAAUAUAAUUACGGCAAAGACUAUCAAGACCGAAGUGGACCCUUUGAUGACCAGAGCCAUAGAACAAUACAAAAAACAGGACGAAAAGCACUCGCUUCGGGUAAUUCAUUGCAUCCUAACGUUUUCAGAUUUGUUAUUAUCAUUAAGUGAUACCUGGGUUUCCUCCCCGCUAGCUGUUAAUUAUUUGACGUAUAUUCAAAAAUCACAUCUCUUAGGUCCAUAUGCAACCGUAAUAAUAUUGGAACGGAUAGCCUAUGCUUAUGAAAUUUGCAUCGAUUUAAGAGUUAAUGAUCAUUUCCUUCCUAAACCAGAUGAAGAAAACAAAGCGGAUGAAUCUGAAGCUGCUGAGAAUUCUAAAAAGGGAGAAAAUGGACUUGAAGUGGAUGAUAUGCAUGAAUGGAGAAAUGAGAACAAGCUGAUCCAAAACAACCUAAGGUCAGAGGGGCUAACUCGGUUUAGAAAGUACUCUUUGUAUCAAUUGGUUGCUGCUAAAAAAUGGGUAGAACUACAUAAAAGGAAUCAAGCUAAGUGGUGCAUUUAUCAUGCUGCUCCUGCAUACGAAAAACUAAGUCUUUCUAAAAGGCCCGAUGGCCUUUUCCAUAGACUGUCUAUGGAGUUGUCAUAA